AUGGCGCGCAGCGACAACGCCGCGGCGUGGGAUAUUUUGUGCGCCCUCGCCCUCGACGACGCGCCCGCUGACGCGCAACCCGCCCGGGGCAGUCAGCGGCGCCGCCCCAGCCCGCCACGUGCGGCGGGGUCCCGCGGGAACGGCUCGGGCGGUGCCUCUCCUCGACGCGGGACGGACGCCGCCGGCCUGCUGCUGGAGGCGGAGGCGCUGCUGCUGCGGCCGCGCCAGCGUCACCCGCCCGCCGCGGCGGAAGCGCAGGGCUCUCAGUGGCAGCCGCAAGCCGCGCCUCCCGCAACCGUGGCAGCGGUGCGAGGCACAGGCCCCCCCUCCUGCGCCGCCUCGCAGGAAAGUCGCUCAGGCAGGGCCGUGGCGGACGGGCACGCGGAAGACGCCGGGCGCGUAGGGGGCCGCGCGAGGGAAGCGGCGCCGCGGGCGGUAUUUACGGCGCCGGUGGCUGCGACGACAACGGUCUACCGCGACACCGCGGCUGGACACGAGGCUGCGGUCGCCCCCGCCGCUUUGCAUCCGCCGCCGCGGAGCGUGACGCACGACGCGGAGCGUGACGCACUGCUCGCCUUGAAGGAGGCACGUCGUUUGCGGCGCACACAACCCACGCCGCAGGCAGGGCACCGUGACGCCACCGCCGCGCCGCAUGCCGUGCGGUGUUCGCUGCAGCAGCGACUGGACCUUCUCCGCUCCGCCCACCGCGACACCGCCGCGGCGUUGGCAGGGGCAUCACGGCUGCUGCUGCAGGAACGCAAAUGGAUCAACGUGCGGUGCACAAUCCUCUACGAGCGACUGCAGCUGCUUGCACAGCACCGCACAACGGUGGUGCGCCAGCUGCGGUCCGCCCACGGCGACGCCGUGACGGCACUUCUCACUGACCACCGCCGUGACGCCUAG